AUGUUCAUUGCCCCUCACUACUCGAAACUCGGCGGCCGCUCUCUGUCAAUAUAUCUCCGUUUCCUUGCAAACAUCUUGAACGCCCUCCCCGUUUCCGUCUUUGAUCCUCCAAGGGAACACAUCCCCAAGGUAGCCCACUUCGAGUACCAUUCGGAUUCAGACGAUGAUGAACCCAGGCCUCGCGUGUCCCUUGUUUCAUCUUUCAACAAGCCACAACCCCUACCAAAACUUGAUUCUAAGACGCUCACCCGCCGGAACAAGGUCGUUGCACCUGCCCACAUCGAUUCUUUGAUCACCUCAACCCGUUCAAAUCCGGAUGCGCGGAAAGAACUGGUCGCCUUCCUUUCGGCCUUGACGGCCAUUUUGGCUAAGGUUCUGGUGCUAACGGGAGGAGGAUUGAACCAGCUAACGCCGUACAUUGGCCACCCUUACUUUUCCUGUACGUCAUGUCUAUCGUCGUCCUGCGUGUUGGAAAGUGCCAACGCUGGGCUUUGUGUAGAGCUCAAGUAUAAGUCACGAUCGUUACACAUGUUACUGUUUGCUCACCGUUUCCCACGACGUCCAUCAGCCACAACCUCAAGCUCAACUUUCAACUUUCAAGAGGCCAGUUGGUUCCUAUCGGGAUUCGUGUACGAUUACUUACGUUUUGUAGCUCAUCAUGUCAUUCUAGCCGAUGUGGACACAUUAGUAAUCUCAUCGACGGCCAAGGCGAUCAUUGCGUGGGAGACACGACGAAAGACCUUGGAUCAGAACCAACUUUUUAUUCACGACCCUCGCAACGCCUAUCCCGCUCAUUUUAGCCAAUCUCCCUGCAGGAAAGGAAUAGAAGCAAAGAAAUUUUAUGGAGGGUUCGGAACCGGGGAGGACGGAGGAAAUGAGCUUUGCAUUGGUUUCACCCUUGAUGAAUAUCUUUCUGACAGUUUAAUGUUCAGAACACCGUUUUUUAAUUCGGAAUCGGGAGAGGAGAAGGAGGACACAUUCAGCGGUCAUCUAAACUCGAAUGAAACUACGUGCUUUGGUCCUUCCUGUACAGAUUUUUCUCUAUCACAGAACCACGAAAUCGUAUUAUUGAAGGGUUCGGACAUGACGUCGGGAAUACUACCCGAACAAGACUCUGACACGUCAAGAUGGAAUAUACCUCUGUGCGGUUCACGCACGAUGAAGAAUCGAGGGAGGAGGAGUAUAUCCUCACAUAUUGUUCGAAAUGUAAAGAAUGUGAGAUAUUCUUGCACACGUCUCCCCACGUCUGGGAUGCUGCGAAUGGAGGAAUUGCCAAUGCGUUUCGAGCGCGAUGGAUCUGGAAUUGAGGGAGGAGUAGGGGGCUACCAUUCUUUUUCUAAAUGUAUAUACUCACGUGAAGGUUUGGUAGAGAGUCACGAGCACGCGAAUGCGAUCCGGUGGUGCUCCAUUGCAUAUGGGAGUGUCAUAUGCAACCAGGAUCAGGGGGUAAGGUUGAAGAAAACGCGUUUCGGCGAUGGCAGCGGAGGUUUUGCAAUUUUUGCAACUAGGGAUUUGGUCGAGGGGGAGAUACUACACCCUCUCAUGGGUCUAAUGGCGUCCGAUUCAAGGGCGGAACAUUCUCGCCUGUCAGAGAUCCACCCCCACCCAAGUCAAGUCAAGUCGGAAAAAGGCAGAAUGGAUCCACGGGUUCUUGUUGGACCGCUACGAUUCAUCAACCACGCUUGCCAUUCUUUCAACGCCGAGUUUGUUGCAAUCCGGUCGACAUUGGCAUUUGUGGUGCAAACCAACAAACCCAUCAAAUUCCGCGAAGAAGUUUUUGUAGACUACGGCAAAGACUACUUUGAAGAUAUCGAGAAAUUAUUAUUUGUUGCCGCGUAA